CGAGAGGGACUUUGUGUUCCUCUGACUCUCCUGGGGGCGCUUCCUCCCGUGCCGCCCUUCCCCUCCCGCGCCGCGUCCUUGCGAGGCGCCUCCCAUUCGGCGGGACCGACCGGGGGGAUGGAGGGGGCACGCUCCUACAGCCCUCCCGGGACCCUGAAGAGACGCCCGCGUGCGACUUGAGACGCCGCCCUCGCCGAGGGCCCAUGGGCGCGUCCCCACGGGCGGGCAGCGGACGUGAGGGCGGCGAGCGGCGGGGCCGUAGCGUCCAGGAGGGCCGCGCUCGGGCUCGGCCCCGCGCAGGCCGCGCGCGCGCGCUCCCGCCGCAGCCCGGGCCGCGCCCGCCCCGCCUCUCCGCGCCGGACCCGGAGCCCGGUCCGCGAGCGGCGGCGGCGGCGGCCGGAGGGACGAUGAGCUGCGCGGGGCGGGCGGGCCCUGCCCGGCUCGCCGCGCUCGCCCUGCUGACCUGCAGCCUGUGGCCGGCGCGGGCAGACAACGCGAGCCAGGAGUACUACACGGCGCUCAUCAACGUGACGGUGCAGGAGCCCGGCCGCGGCGCCCCGCUCACGUUCCGCAUCGACCGCGGGCGCUACGGACUUGACUCCCCCAAGGCCGAGGUCCGCGGCCAGGUGCUGGCGCCGCUGCCCCUCCACGGAGUUGCUGAUCAUCUGGGCUGUGAUCCACAAACCCGGUUCUUUGUCCCUCCUAAUAUCAAACAGUGGAUUGCCUUGCUACAGAGGGGAAACUGCACAUUUAAAGAGAAAAUAUCACGGGCUGCUUUCCACAAUGCAGUUGCUGUAGUCAUCUACAAUAAUAAAUCCAAAGAGGAGCCGGUUACCAUGACUCACCCAGGCACUGGAGAUAUUAUUGCUGUCAUGAUAACAGAAUUGAGGGGUAAGGAUAUUUUGAGUUAUCUGGAGAAAAACAUCUCUGUACAAAUGACAAUAGCUGUUGGAACUCGAAUGCCACCGAAGAACUUCAGCCGUGGCUCUCUAGUCUUCGUGUCAAUAUCCUUUAUUGUUUUGAUGAUUAUUUCUUCAGCAUGGCUCAUAUUCUACUUCAUUCAGAAGAUCAGGUACACAAAUGCACGCGACAGGAACCAGCGUCGUCUUGGAGAUGCAGCUAAGAAAGCCAUCAGUAAAUUGACAACCAGGACAGUAAAGAAGGGUGACAAGGAAACUGACCCAGACUUUGAUCAUUGCGCAGUCUGCAUAGAGAGCUAUAAGCAGAAUGAUGUCGUCCGAAUUCUCCCCUGCAAGCAUGUUUUCCACAAAUCCUGCGUGGAUCCCUGGCUUAGUGAACAUUGUACCUGUCCUAUGUGCAAACUUAAUAUAUUGAAGGCCCUGGGAAUUGUGCCGAAUUUGCCAUGUACUGAUAACGUAGCAUUCGAUAUGGAAAGGCUCACCAGAACCCAAGCUGUAAACCGAAGAUCAGCCCUUGGCGACCUUGCCGGCGACAACUCCCUCGGCCUUGAGCCACUUCGAACUUCGGGGAUCUCGCCUCUUCCUCAGGAUGGGGAGCUCACUCCGAGAACAGGAGAAAUCAACAUUGCAGUAACAAAAGAAUGGUUUAUUAUUGCCAGUUUUGGCCUCCUCAGUGCCCUCACACUCUGCUACAUGAUCAUCAGAGCCACAGCUAGCUUGAAUGCUAAUGAGGUAGAAUGGUUUUGAAGAAGAAAAAAAAACUGCUUUCUGACUGAUUGCCUUGAAGGAAAAAAGAACCUAUUUUUGUGCAUCAUUUACCAAUCAUGCCACACAAGCAUUUAUUUUUAGUACAUUUUAUUUUUUCAUAAAAUUGCUAAUGCCAAAGCUUUGUAUUAAAAGAAAUAAAUAAUAAAAUAAAAAGA